AUCUAUUCUAUCCCUCCCCGUGGAACUUUUGGAUAUGCUCUUCUCUCUGCUCGAAGGGGAUUGGAGUGAUAUCCUCUGCUUUGCCGCCACAUGCCUGACCCUCUGGCCAAUUGCAGCUACGCAUCUUCGCAGGCGUUUUCAGCAAGUGCAAGCUAGGCGUACAUCAUACAGCCACCGUUUGGUAUGUCUAGGCGACUACACUCAUGCGGACGACCUUCCACCCGGUCUCCACCUUUCUAAGGAGGAGAGGCGCGAAUCCUUUGGAGGUGAUCUGUAUGUCUCCGCAUUCGACCACUACGCCUCGCGCGGCACGAUCUUUGGGACCGAUGACGGCGUUUUUUCGUCGAUGAUCGGGGCUCUCUACCGACGUUUCGACUACUGGGAUAGAGAGGCACAGGCCAUAGAGAGCGAGCUGCGCCGGUGUCUGCCUAAGGAGGCGCGCUUCCCGCAAAGUGACGUCGGACUCGUUCUUCGAAACCUCUCCCAGCACGCGUUCGUGCGUGGCUCAGCACUUGCAGCCUUCAACAACGAGAUGCCAGAGCACUACGAGAUCAAGGGUCGUACCCAGCUACCCUGUUUGGGGAAUGCCGCGCUCGCUCGAAUCUGCUGGUCUUCCUACCCCUCCACCGGCACGCCGUACGAUGGGCCUCUGCAUCGCGGGGUCUGGGCGGGCGACCGGUUCGAUGUCGUGGAUGAAGAGGCUUUCGAGCGGGAGCGAGAGGCUGAAUCCGGGAAGCCAUGGGAGGAUGCGACAGACGAAGUUCUGGCAGAGCUCAAGGCGAUGUGGAUCGCUGAGGGUUUGCUUGUUCCUCUACAGGACGACUGAAGACUGCUGUAGUACCGGCCGUUCUUUCGGGGGAUAGCACUGCAAUGACAUACAACGCCUUCAAGACUCGGUAUCAUGCAGGACCAGUCGUGUUCUGCGAUGCAAUCA